UACGGGCAUUUUGAGUGGGUGGUCAUGCCUUUUGGCCUCACCAACGCCCCGACGACCUUUCAAGCGGCAAUGACCAACGAGUUCCGUGCAAUGUUGGACCGGUUCGUGCUGGUCUACUUAGACGAUAUUCUCGUCUAUAGCCGGACUUUGGAGGAUCAUCUUCAGCAUCUUCGACGAGUGUUGAAGACGCUCCGCCACGCCAAGUACAAGGCCAACCGCGACAAGUGCAAAUUUGUCCGGCAAGAGCUGGAAUACUUGGGCCAUUUUGUCACACCGGAGGGCAUCAGUCCGCUAUCGGACAAGAUUCAAGCCAUCCAAGAAUGGUCGGAGCCUCGGAACGUCACGGAUGUCCGCUCGCUCCUUGGUCUCGCUGGCUACUAUCAGCGUUUCAUCAAAGGCUACUCGAAAAUCGCGUCCCACUUAACCAAGCUUCAAUGCGAGGAUCGGUCGUUUGACUUCGGAGAGGAGGCGCGGGAAUCAUUUUUGGCUCUCAAAGCCGCGCUAUUAUCUGCGGAGGUCUUGCGGCUAUACGACCCGCUUUUGCCUACGCGCGUCACUACGGAUGCGUCAGGCUAUGGCACUGGUGCAGUCCUCGAGCAACAUGAUGGUGUGGACUGGCACCCGGUCGAGUAUUUCAACAAGAAAGUGUCUGUCGUGCAUUCCAUUGACGAUGCACUCAAGAAGGAGCUUAUCGCCUUUGUCCAUGCGCUCAAGCGGUGGCGGCACUUCCUCCUCGGUCGAAGCCAAUUUCGAUGGGUAACGGACAACAAUCCGUUGGUCUUCUAUAAGACCCAAGACACCGUCAACAGCACCAUCGCCCGAUGGAUGGCUUUCAUCGACCAGUUCGAUUUCUUUCCCGAUCACAUUCCGGGGAAGUCGAACCGUUUUGCGGAUGCCCUUUCACGGCGUCCGGAUCAUUGUACCGCGGUCUACUCAACCUUCGAGGUCGACGAUGACCUGCGGAACAGCUUCAUCCGCAACUACCAAGUCGACCCCCAGUUUCGCGACAAGUACGCGAAUUGCUCCUCUCCUAAUCCGGCACCUUCUCACUACGGGAUCCAAGAGGGGUACUUGCUUGUCCACACGUGGGGGAAGGACCUUCUUUGCGUACCGAGUGAUCCUCACUUGCGUAUACGGCUUCUUGGCGAGUUCCACGAUGCUCCCGCCACUGGACACUUUGGGGUCAAUCGCACAAUUGGCCGACUUCGCGAGCAAUUUUGGUGGCCCGGCCUUCUCGGCGACGUCACACGCUAUUGCGAGUCAUGCGAGGUUUGCCGACGCUGCAAAUCCCGCAACCAUCGUCCGUACGGCGAGUUACGACCAUUACCGGUCCCGUUGAGGCGAAGGGAAGAGAUUGCCAUGGACAUUACCGGCCCGUUCCCCAAGCACAAGACCGGAGUGGAUGGGAUUCUCACGGUGGUCGACCGAUUCACCAGGUUUGCCAUGUUUUUGCCUUGCCGCUAUCAUGCCAAGGCACCGGAGUUGGCCGAGGUUCUUUACGCCGGUUGGAUUCGAACCAAGGGUUACCCCAAGGAGAUCGUCUGUGACCGCGACAUUCGGUUCAUGUCCGAUUUUUGGUUGACGCUCAUCAAGCGAUGGGGCUCAUCUCUCAAGCCCAGUUUAGCUCGCCACCCUCAGACCGAUGGCCAAACGGAGAGGGCGCACCAGACCACACAGGUUCUCCUUCGCACUCUCAUCCGUCCUGACCAGAAGGACUGGGUUGAGCGGUUGCCGGAUGUCGAGUUGGCCUACAACUCUUCCAUCCACCCGGCUAUCGGGAUAUCGCCUUUCAAGUUCGAGCACGGCUCGCCGGUCACUUCACCAUUGGAUAUUAUCACUCCACGAACGGCCGAGAGCGACGACCAUCUUCUUUUCUUGCGUCGAAUGCAAGAGCUUCUUGUCAAGGCACGCGACCAGAUGGCUAAGACACAGCAGCGCACGAGCCAGCAGGCCAAUCGCCAGUGUCUUCCUUGCCCAUUCCGCGUCGGCGACCUCGUUUGGGUUUCCGCAGCGGAAUUCCGCCUUGAACAAGACAUCUCUUGCAAGCUCCUCCCGAAAUGGAUGGGGCCUUGGUCGAUCGUAGCACCCGCUGGAGACGCACCCAAGGGACCUUCCUUCACGAUUCAGGUGCCCGCCCACUUGCCCGUGUACCCAGUCUUUCAUUGCUCCAAGUUGGCUCUUUACACGUCAGCGGAACAUGACGAUUUUCCCAGGAGACGUUCGCAAGACCCACCCUCCGUGGAUGGUUUUUAGGAGGUCGGCGACAUCAUCUCCCAGCGACGCUACAGUAACAGGCCAACCAAGU